CUCCUAUCUCUGGACCACCACUGACACCAGUACGCGCUUACUCUAUGACUUCUGGCGUUGGCGACGACGAUGAGCGACAGUCUCUUCUGAAUACUCGUUCUGGAACCCACUAUGACUCUACCAAGACUAUCGUCGUCGCUAGUGGUAUUGACGGUGCUGCAGUACAUCGGACCGAGGGCGACUCACGUAGCGGGGAGUCCUACGAUAAUGUACCUCAGGCAAAGCGACAGCUCGGUCUAUUCAGCGCCAUGUUUCUAGUAUUCAAUCGAAUCAUUGGAACUGGUAUAUAUGCGACCCCAAGCAACAUCCUGCGCUCGUCUGGAAGCCCGGGCCUUGCGCUUAUUAUGUGGCUAGCCGGUGCGAGUAUUGCAGCCGUAGGAACGGCUGUUUACGUUGAACUUGGCACUGGACUGCCCCGAAGUGGUGGAGAGAAGAAUUAUCUCGAAUUCAUAUACAGACGUCCCAAGUUCCUAGCAACUUGCACAUUUUCUGUUUAUGCAAUUAUAACGGGCUCGUCGGCUGCCAACAGUCUUGUCUUUGGAGAAUACGUCCUUCAUGCUUUGAAUGUUGAACCGGCCCGAUGGAAUACUCGUUUCGUAGCAUUCAUGUGCAUAUCUUUUUGCUGCCUGCUCCAUGGUACCACAUUCAAGUGGGGACUCCGUCUUCAAAAUACACUAGGUCUUUUCAAACUCUUCCUCCUUUCGUCGAUAGGUAUAGCGGGCUUGUUCUGUCUGGUCGGUGUUCCCGGAUUUCGCGUUAGAGACGAAUACGAAGCUCCCGAUAAUCUCCGGUGGGAUCAGCUGUGGCAAGGCAGUAACUCCGAUGCAAACGCAUUGAUAUCUGGGUUAUACAAUAUCAUUUGGUCUUUUGUUGGCUAUUCUACGGCCAAUUAUGCAUUAUCUGAGGUCAGAAACCCUGUUCGGACGAUCAAGAGAGCGGCACCUCUGGCACUUAUCUCUGUAACUGCGGUCUACCUGCUUGUCAACGUUGGCUACUUCGCUGUAGUUUCCAAAGGUGAUAUAGUAGGAAGCCGGCGGAUUGUUGCAGCUUUAUUCUUUCGAAACCUAUUUGGACCGAACACUGAGCGAGUUCUUAGCGUAUUUAUUGCCUUGUCGACGCUAGGAAAUCUGCUCACUGGCCAGUUCAGUCAAGGGCGCAUCAUACAGGAACUGGGCCGAGAGGGGGUGAUUCCGGUAUCAUGGUUCUUUGCCAGCAACAAGCCAUUUAAUGCGCCCCUGGCAGGGCUUGCUACGAAUUGGUUCUUCUCUACCAUGUUCAUGGUUCUGCCUCCACCGGGAGACGCCUACCUGUUCAUGAUCAGCCUGUCAUCAUACUGCCUUGCUAUUAUUAAUGCUCUUGUUUCCCUGGGUCUUUUGCUACUGUAUACUUCCGCGUACAAAGCAUGGAAUUGGGAUCCACCAUUUCGAGCACCCAAGAUUGUAAUCGUCUUGUUCUUCUUGUCUAAUGUGUUCCUGGUACUCGUACCUCUAAUACCUCCUGCACCUGGAUCAAGAACAUACGAGCAUCUGCCGUAUUGGUCUCAUGCUGUUGUCGCCUUUGCUCUAUCUCUCAUCGGUGUGGGGUAUUGGUGUGUUUGGUGUGUUUGGCUACCUCGAAAGAAAGGGUAUAGAUUAGAAAGGACUUGGGUUCUGCAGGAGGAUGGAGUUUCUCGUUGUGUAUUCCGCCAAAUUUCUCUAUGAUGUAUUAGAUCAUCAUCCAUUCUAGUUAGCUCCUAUUAACAUCACGUGUGUAUAUUUGUGUUGAGAGCAUUUGCCAAACUUUGACUGAUCGCUGAC